AUGGGCUUCUUCUCGUGGUCUGAUGAAGACUUGAUGCUACCAAAUCAUGAUUCCGAUCCAAUCUCGCCAACAUGUGAGAGUCAUUCAUCGGAAUUGACACUGCAGCACUCGUCUUGCACCAAUGUUUGGGGGGUCUGUCCAGUCGCUUUCCUCUGGAACAUUCUCGGUUCCGUGAUUGAAAAAAAUCCGCUUGACCCUCACCGCGACACCUGGGUUGGUUGCCUUCCUUACUCCGGCUAUACACUACGACCCUUUGGAACACCUCCUUCAAUGUUUCGAUCGUCGCAGCCUCAAUGCAGCUGCAGGUAUGGUACCUGUGGGUCCGACGGAUAUCUGGGAAACACGGGUGCUGUGGAACUCUGA